GCCGCUCCGCCGCGCCGCCCCGCACCCGCAGUCCUCCCGCCGCGCCGGCUUCGCACGCUCCUCGCUAACCGCAUCAUGGUAAUGGACAACCGGAUGAACGAAGAAACUGACAAUGAACACAACUCCUCGAUAUUCGUGACCAAUUUUCAAAAUGGAGAAAUAGUUAAUUACUCCCUUGUUUUGAUUAAAGGAUUCAUAACAAGAGGCAACACAACAAACCAGGACCAAUUGACAUGCACAUUAAAAAAUGAAAAAACACAAACAAAAUCACAGUGGUCAGUUUAUAAUGGCGAAUUUAAGGUCAUCACUGAAUUAACCAGAGGAAACAACACGAUUGAACUAGAAUAUGCAGAACAAAAGAAAUCAAUUUUAUUGGAGUAUGAGCCUCGUAAAACGAAUCUCAGAGUUACACCAGUUUACAUAAUUUGUCAAGGCCAUGACGGAUGCUUCCAAAGUCCUCAAGAUGUUGAUUGCUCUGUAGAAAGUGCUUGCUCUCGUAUAGUCCUCGGAUCAAAAUUAAUCCAAUGCUUAACAGCUGAAAAACUUUUUGAAAGUGGAGUUGGGAGAAAAACUUUCCAACUUGAACAUGAAGUAAAUUCCAAAAAGCCUGAGUGUGUCAUAUUCCGCAGCAGCUUAAAUGUAAAUAAAGCAAGAAAAAUGAAGCAAGCAGAACUAUGGACUCACUUCGGAAGAGAACUAAUGCUCUCUGAUUUAGGGAGUAAUGAAAGGAAGUUUCUGGGAUUUAUAUCAUGUACGAGAUUUAAAGGGACCGACAUUGAAAAACCAAUGACUCACGAUGAAAUCGUUUCACUAACGGAAGCUUACGCUGCACUUGGAGGCGGAGGUCUAGCUCUGUUUGGUACUGCUUGUUUAUACACAUGGCCCACAACAGUGGAUGAUAUCAUCCCAAGAUUCAUGGACACAACACCAGUAAACAACCGAAGAUUUAUGGACGACAGCGGAUACAGAGGAACCCUUGGAGGCUGUUUUGCUACAACAUUGGGCUCAGUUUUCCAUGAAUUAGGCCACACCUUUGAUUUAGGACAUACUAAAGAUGGUAUCAUGGGAAGAGGAUUUGAUAAUAUUGACCGUGUCUUUACUGUUGGAGAAAGAAGGUCAUCGCUGAUAAAAGAUAAUAUGAAUAAUUAUAGCGGUAAACCCGUACAACAUUCCACAGUUUCACUACAGCGAAACAUUAGUGUGACCAUGAACGUGGCGGAACCACUACGCUUGUUGGGGCCAAGAAGUAAAACCACGUUAGGGAACUUUGCUUCAAUGUCAAAAUCUGACAUCGUACGAAGAAGUCCAAAUGUUACACCAAUAACUAGACCAUCGAGUGUAUAUUCAAGCAUUACAAAUAAACUCACAGACUCCAAGAGAAACAUCAACCGAGUAAACGGAAAUGAUUCAAUUUACUGGACCAGAAAUUGUGCAGUGCUAUUAUCAUAUCACCGAUGGUUCAACAAUGAAUAUGGGAGAGAAAGACAAGCAAUAACGAGAUAUCUGAAAUUUGACAAAAACAAAAUGCUGAUUAUCUCAACGGCUGGCAUAAGAAUAGUUGAAGUAAGAGAUGAAUCGAAUGGAAUGGUGUUGGAUUCGUAUGAAUUCACUAACCUAUUGCCAGAAAAAAGAUUUUUGGUCCCGUUUACCUUUUCUCCUAAGAGCAAAGUCUUGACCAUUGUCGUAGAAGACGAUUUGGGCAAUGUAUUGAAGCAAACAUUUUCUUAUUGAU